AAAGCAGCAACAGGACCUCCCUUAUUUAUAUCACAAAAGCAAAGGCGACAAAAGAAACCCACAGGUUUUACGUCACGCCGAGAGACAGCAGAGAGAAAGAAGGCUUGACACCACAUACCACAGCCUACUCAAAGAGGAACAGACGGCAAAUAAGGGCAUCCAACCCCAGAACAACAAAGAACAGGUCUAACUAAGAUGGUGUCCGCUGGGAUGCAAAUGCUGGGAACAGCCCUGGGGAUCCUGGGCUGGAUUGGGGCCAUUGUAGUCUGUGCCAUUCCCAUGUGGAAGGUCACCGCCUUUAUCGGUAGCAACAUCGUGACCUCGCAGACCUCUUGGGAGGGCAUCUGGAUGAACUGCGUGGUCCAGAGUACGGGCCAGAUGCAGUGUAAGGUGUACGACUCCAUGUUGGCCCUCAGCUCAGAUCUCCAGGCUGCCCGGGCCCUGACUGUCAUCUCCAUCGUGGUAGGCAUCAUGGCUAUCCUGCUCUCUGUGGCCGGGGGGAAGUGCACCAACUGCGUGGAGGAAGAGUCCUCCAAGGCCAAGGUGGGCAUUGCGUCGGGCGUCGCGUUCAUCAUCGCCGGGAUUCUGUGUCUCGUCCCCGUCUGCUGGACUGCCCACACCAUCAUCCGUGACUUCUACAACCCGCUGAUGGUCAGCGCCCAGAAAAGAGAGCUGGGUGCCGCGCUCUACAUCGGAUGGGGCGCCUCCGCCCUCAUGCUCAUUGGAGGGGGGCUGCUUUGCUGCAACUGCCCUCCUAAGGAUGGAGGCUCCUACACAGCCAGGUACAAAGCAGCCAGUUCUGAGGCCUCAGGCCCGCGAUCCGGAAAAGACUAUGUCUAGAAUACGAGAGGAGACGGCACAGAAACCUGUUUCUGUACACAGAUAAGACAUGUGGCUCUUUGCUGGGACUGUAGCCGCGCUACACUGUUGAUAUUUUAGAUAUUUCAGAACGUUUUCAGGGUUGUGUUGAACAAUGAUUAUUCCUGUGUAUUAGUAUUCAUGAGAGGUUAAGAACCACACCCAAAGAAGAAAUCAAAUGUUUAUGUUGACACAAUCACCUGUUUAUGUGUUUGUUCAUACAGAUGUUUGUUUAGCAUGUUUUUUUAUUAUUAUUAUUAUUAACAAACGUUUUCACUUGUUUUGAAACUAUGCUACCUUUUUAUAAUGUGUGUCCAAUGUUUAAAUGGCCAAUAUGGAUGAGUUUCAUUAGCUGCCAGUAAGACUAUAAAUAAAUAUUUUGUUUAUAAAUGUGAAAUCUGCCCUCCUUGUGUUUUAUUUUGUCGUACACCCAUAAUGAAUCCACACGUUACUGUGCCGCUCUGUUUCCAACACGAACCGAAUGACCUCACGCUUAAAGAAUCCAUACUGCGUUCUGCUAAAUGUGGUUAAUUAUUUAAAUGUUUUUUUUAAGGUUUAUCGUAAACUGAUCCUUUGCUUGGACAUCAGCUGCCCUGCAUUUUCCUCCCGUUAUCUAUGAGAAGUAACCGUUUUAUUCUGAAAUAAAGCUCCUAUUAUCCGC